AUGGCAUUCAACAUCUUUCAUCACAAAAAGCACUCUCGGCCCUCCUCUCCACAGGUUGAUCUCGAGGAAAAGCCGGACCACCAUACUGCUUCUACGCACCCGGGAACUCACAGUCCACUGAAAGGUGGUGACGCGGUUCAUAGCGGCCCUCCCAGCAGAAGCCAGAGCCCAGCGCUAACCAAGUUCCUCGCUGACCCAAUGCGAAGCAGCCCUAAGCCUGAACACAUUGGCGGAUUUGAAGAUCCCAUGGGUGGCUCUAUCAACCAAACUGGUGAGCGGGAUCCUAUGAGCACUGGUGCAUAA